ACACACAACCCAAGAAAAUCAUCGCAGACUUCAACGAUCAAGAACCAAGCAAGCCCCUCUCAAUACCGCUUACUCCCCGGAAAUUCACACAAAUUCGCCAAAAUGGAAAACGAACAGGGGAAAAUCGUCGACCUUUAUGUGCCUCGCAAAUGCAGCGCCACCAACCGCAUCAUCAAGGCUAAGGAUCAUGCCUCCGUCCAAAUUAGCAUUGCCAAAGUUGAUGAGAACGGCCGAUACACCGGCGAGAAUCAAGUAUAUGCUCUCUGCGGAUUCGUACGGGCCCGGGGUGAGAGUGAUGACAGCUUGAACCGUCUGGCGCAACGGGAUGGGUUCUUGAAAAAUGUAUGGAGCGCGAGCUCCCAGCGUUAAGAGAAAAUGGAGGAGAAAUUUGGCUUUCCUUUUUAUUCUCUUUUUCCUUUUCGUUUUUUCUUAUGCUGGUUUAAGGGGCCCCUUGUGGGAUGGGAAUGUUGUUGUGAUGAUAACCAUUAAAUGAGCGAAAUAAAGAAAAUUCCUGG